UCGAAAAAGGCGCAAUUUAACGGUAUCGUGCGCGCUCGUUGUUAUUGUUAUUUGUUUUCGGUUUUGAUUUCAUAAUAAGUUCGUUUAUGAGGUCCGUGUCAACAAGGCAUCGUGCAUUCGUACUAUCGUCAUUCGUCGCGUCUUGUUACUCGCUAUCGCCAUCGGAAGUCGAAAAAAAUCCGGAAAUCGGAAUUGGAAAUCCAUUUGAACGUGUUAAACUCUCAAACCUAUGUAUUUUGUGUACUACAGUUCAAUGUAGGUGCACAUUGUACUCGCGUCUAAUUAUUAGUACCCGUCGUUUUGUAUGACACUUGGGCCCAUCCUAAAAGUUUUGGACCUGGACCGGUCCUCCGAUCGCGUCUACUGAUUGUACUGUUACUAAAAUCCCAAUGGCUAGCCGCCAGUCUGUUAGCUCAAUACUGAAGCCACCCAAAGUGCGGGCACCUCUAAAAGAAAUUGAAUCGGUUGAUCAAGAUGCCGAUGAAAAUACUGCAACAUUGGCCAAAAGAAAAGUAAGUUUUUCGGGAAUGAAUAAAAUAAAAAUGUACAACACAGGUGCUACAUCUUUAACUGUACAUCAAGCUCCUAUGUUUGAUGAGCAAAUUUCAAUGUUAUCUGAUUCUUCAAAUGCAGAAAAACCUAAAUUAUCAGGAAAGUUUGAGAAAUCUGAUGCUCAAAUUAGCAUUGAAUCAACUAAUUGUACCAAUUUAGAAGAUAAUGGCCGUAUUAUUAUUGAGUAUGAAAGUCCAAAUGAUAAUAUGGAAAUGACCGAAGCACUAUCAGGUAAAAUAUUGUCAGAUACCAUUUAUACUAUUGAUAAUAAUGGUUCUGAGCAUAUUAGUUACAGUUCAGAUUAUUCGGAGAAUAGUAUGGAAUUCACAGAAGCACUAAAAGUAGGCCAAAUUUUAACGGGGGAUAAUAGCUGUACUUCCUUGAGUUCUACUGAAAUGUCUGAAACACUAGAUGAUGAAAGUGAUGAUGAACCGGUUAGUCAAUUAGGUCUCAAACCUUCAACACCAUUAUCUGAUGUGCUUAUUAAAAAUCCUUCAAAUGUAAGUUCAAGUUCUAGUUGUAUGGAUUUCACCUGUGCUAAUGCUAAAUCUAACCUAUUCUAUAAUACUCAAUCAAGUAAUAUGGAAUUAACUGGUCAAAAUAUGACACUUAAAUCUUCAAAAUCUAUUUGGUCUAAUGAUGAUUAUAAAUGUAUGAGUAUGGAGUUGACACAAUUACCUGAUAGGCAAACAUUUGAAGAUAAUUGUGAAUUGGUUUAUGAAUAUAGUCAACAUUCUAUAAGUAUGGGAUCAGCUGAUAUAUCUUGUGAACUUCAAGAAAAACAAAAUUGUGAAGUAGAAAUUGUACAAACUGAAAAAUUAGAAAAAAAUAAUGUAAAUCAUCAAACAAUUGGUAGUGUGUUAAACAAUUCUGAUAAUAGAGAAGCUUUUAUUGAAGAAUUAUCAUCAAGUAUGGUUUCAAUGGAUAUUGAUCCAACAUUAGAAGGUAAUGAAUUUGAUAUUAGUUAUGUAAAUGUUGAAGACCCACUAUUAGUUAUGAACGAACAAAAUCAUUCAAUAAUACCAACGACAGUAGGAAUAGAAGAUAGUAGUAUUCUUGAAAAAAGUGUGCUGGAUAAUUACUCAAAUGUUAUUGAUAUUACUAAUCAAAAUAGUGAAUCUAGAAUAUCUAUAUUCCCUACAGGUUCAUCAUUUGUUGUAAAUAUGUCUCCAGAAAAUAACUUAAAUAAAUAUGUUGAAGUUGAAGAACUUCUACAACAAACAUUACAUGGUCAUACUUCUGUGUUAGAUGAAAAUCAAUAUCUCGAAAAAAAUAAAUCAAUAGUUGUUGAGAAACAUCCACCAAAAAAAUAUUCAAGAAAAACAAUGAUUCACACAUGUCCAUUAAUUGUUCAAGACAAGGCCUAUGAAAAUGAAGAUAUACCUGGAUUAGUCGAAGAAAACCAUCAAAAUAAAUAUUCUAGAAAAUCUGUUGCUCCUACAUCUGUUUUUAAUGAGGAUGUAUUGGAUACAUCUGAAAUACUUGAAGAAAACCAGCAGCAAAAGUGUUCUUUACAAUCAAUUUCCAUGUCUGCUUUUAAUCAAACUCAGUCUUUCGAAACUGAAAACUUAUCAGAUACAUCUGGAAUAGUCAAAGAAAAUCAUCAAAAUAAAUAUUCUAGAAAAUCUGUUGCUCCUACAUCUGUUUUUAAUAAGGAUGUAUUGGAUACAUCUGAAACACUUGAAGAAAACCAGCAGCAAGAUUGUUCUUUACAAUCAAUUGCCAUGUCUGCUUUUAAUCAAACUCAGUCUCUUGAAACUGAAAACUUAUCAGAUACAUCUGGAAUAGUCAAAGAAAAUCAUCAAAAUAAAUAUUCUAGAAAAUCUGUUGCUCCUACAUCUGUUUUUAAUGAGGUUGUAUUGGAUACAUCUGAAACACUUGAAGAAAACCAGCAGCAAGAGUGUUCUUUACAAUCAAUUGCCAUGUCUGCUUUUAAUCAAACUCAGUCUCUCGAAACUGAAAACUUAUCAGAUACAUCUGGAAUAGUCAAAGAAAAUCAUCAAAAUAAAUAUUCUAGAAAAUCUGUUGCUCCUACAUUUGUUUUUAAUGACUAUGUAUUGGAUGCAUCUGAAACACUUGAAGAAAACCAGCAGCAAAAGUGUUCUUUACAAUCAAUUGCCAUGUCUACUCUUAAUCAAAUUCAGUCUCUUGAAACUGAGGAUGUACCAAAUACAUCUGUAUAUAAUCCAACUAAAUUAGCGGGAAAAUGUGACACAUCUGAGUGCAAUUCAACUCAUUCCGCUGAAAAAGAAGAAACAUUUUUAAAUAGUUCAAAUCAGUCUGCUGAAAAAGGUGAAACAUCCAUAUAUAAUUCAACUCAGUCUGCUGAAAAAGGUGAAACAUCUUUAUAUAAUUCAACUCAGUCUACUGAAAAAGAAGAAACAUCUUUAUAUAAUUCAUCUAAGUCUGCUGAAAUUGAAGAUACAUCCGUUAAUGUUGAAGAAUAUGAGCUAAAAAGAUAUUCUAGAAAAUCAAUUGGUCCAGCUUCUUUAGUAUUUACUCAUAGUGAAUCUCUAGAUAAUAGUAUCUUGAAUAAUUCAUCGGACAUUGAAGAAAGUUAUGAACCAACAUCAGAAAAGGGAACGAGUCCUGUGAUUCCAGUAUCCGUUAAUAAUCUGUCUAUACUACAAUCAGACGUAUCUAGCCAUUAUGAAGAAAAAUUAAUUCCAAAAAUCAAACACCAAUCUGUAUUGCUUGAUAUAAUUAGUGAUGAUAAUUUUAAUUCACCUUUCAGGAAAAAACCAAAAAAAUCUAUAGUUGCGACACAAUUACCAAGACUACCUGUUGAAGAUCCAUGUAUUAAAAAUGAAUUGGAAACUACUGAUGAUAUUAUCUCUGGGAAUUUUGAAAAUGUUAGUAAAAUGGAUAUAUCAAUGGAUAUAUCGAUUGAACAUGAAUUUAAAAGUGACAAUGAACUUUUAGUUGUUUCAAAAGAAGGUGAAGAACCUAAUAAACAUAAUGUACAUGACGAUAUGUUAGAAACAAAUGAAGACAAUUUUGCUAUGACACCUAAUGAAUUAGAAAUAAGCAAAACAAAUUUAAAUGAAUUAGUCAAAGAUAAUGACAUUUUUGAAGAAGGUGAAAAAAAAAAUGAAGAAAAAAAUAAAAAUGACUCUAUUAAAGUAACUGACAAUAAUAUAGUGACCAAUCAUAUUUUAAACUCAGAUUAUCAUUCAUCUAGUUGUAGUGUAGAUAAAGCUACAAAAUUGGAUGAAACGUUUCAAAACAAUGAAAAAUCAUGUCUGGUAAAUCGAAAAAGAAGUUACAGCAAUAGAGAUUGUGUACCUUUAUCUUGUUCUUCAUUUACGUCUAAACCUAAUAUUCACAAUAGUAUGGAAGAAGAUUUAAAAACGGAUUAUAUAAUACAACAAAGUCCUAUUAAAAAUGAUAUUGUUAACAUGAGCUUAGAUAAUGAACAAUUAGCAAUUGGUAAUGAACUUGAAGUAGAAUUGAUUAAAAAAGAAUCCAUAAAAGAAAGUUUGUGUAAUGAAUGUUUAGAAUUUUUAACAAGAUGGAAUGAACAAUUUACUGAAAAAAAAUUAGCUCUUGAAAAGUGCACAAACAGAGAAUGGAUUUUCAAUUUAUUGGAUAGUAAUAUAAUUUUAACAGUAACAUAUUCGUAUAUUUCUAAUAACUAUUCAUUGCUUAAAGUGGAGGAUAUAUUAUUUACCGCAAAGACCAUUACCAAAAAUGAAAUAGUAAAAUUUGGAAUAAAUUGGAUCUUAUCAAAAUACAACCCAAAGGUGUACAAGCAAAUAUGUUUUACUUCAAGAGAUGUAGAACUAUUAUUAAAAUCUUUAUUAGAAGAUGUUGACUUUAUUAGUAAAGUAAUGAACAAUAUGUCUUAUGUAAGCGAUUUAUAUUGUGUUACAUUUAAAGAUAAUAAGGCUCAAUUUGUAAUACAUAACAUGAAAUGCCUAUUGAUGGUUCGUAUUGAGAUAACAUUAUCUAAUGUUCAUAAGCUUUCUUUUAAAGAUCUGUCGGUUGAUUGUUUAUUUGGUUACUUCGAUACAAAAUUAUUGGAAGAAAUAAUGGAAGAUAUAAUAAAGGAUUGUAAUGUUUUGCAAUCUUUAAUAGAAAAGUUAUUUAAACUCUACUCGCAAAAAAUAAAUUGAUUGGAUCAUACAUUUUAAAAUUAUUUAGUAUAAUCUUAUGUAUUUUAAUAAUAACAACGAUAGCAUCUUAAUUCAUACCUUGUGUGUUGAUGAUUUUAUAUGUUUUAAAUUUGUAAAUAUGUAUAUCUACAUCUGUAUUAUAAUAUAAUAUUUUUUUUUAUGUUCAGUAACACAUAUACAUACUACAUGUCUUAUAAACACUGCUAUUAAUAUAUACCUAGUAAGUAAACUAUUAAGUAUGUUUAUUGAUACCUUGAAAAUGUUACCACACUAGUGAGUUUUAAAUCCUUUAUGAAUUGUAUUCAUGUGUAUUGUGUUCAUCUUUUAAACUGACAAAAUAAGUAUUCCAAAAUGUUAAAAGUUGUUUAAUACCUUAUU